AGAGUGUCCACAAUGGGGAGCCGUGGCCCGCGGCUCGGUGCGCGGCCCCCCAUUGCAGAGAGCCAGAGCCGGGGCGCAGGGCCGGGAGCCGAGGGUGAGCCGCGGAGCCGUGGGAGCCGCGGCCCUCCACUGCAGCGGGCCGCGGGAUUUUUUUUUUUUUUUAUGUUUCGAAAAUUACUUUAUAAAUAUACACUCCCAUUUCCAUUUUUCCAACUCCAUUUUACUUCCAUUUUGCUCCAAUCUUUCCUUCCAAUUUCUACAACCUUGGAACUAUGGAUUCCGACGAUGAACAAUUCCAACAAGCGGUAGAUCUGGAGUUCCAAAACCUUGUUGCAGCGGUGCAACGUGAAGCCGACGAGGCGGAAGAUGCGGCGGAGGCAGCGGCCGCAGCAGUCCCUCGGCCAUUCUAUCAUCGGCGAUUUUUCGACCGUGAUCAUACCGGGGCUGACCGUGAUAAUACAACGAAAUUAUUGUUACAUAUUUUUUGUUUACAAUCCAAAUUAUUUUAAUUAAAUUUAUAAACAUCAUAAAUUGAAAGACUAAUAAAAUUUAUUAGACAUAAAUUAAAAAAUAUUAUUACAAAAGCAAACAAAUUAAUUUUAUUUUUUGGAGAGGACCAUAUUUCGUGGCCCUAUUGUUUUUAUACAUUUCGUGGCCUUUAUCAUUGUGAAGGCCACAAGAGAGCCACGAAUGAUGGCCGGGCCACAUUUGGUGGCCUUCAAGGGCCACCAUUGUGGACACUCUAAGUAUCCACUAAAUCAAGUAUACUACUCAUUUUAAAACUGCUUGCCUAAGACAAAAUAUAACAGUAGAUAGAAACAAAGAUGUUGAAGCAAGAAACCACCGUAACGCCGCCGCCUCAUAUUCUGAUAUUCCCGGUCCCACUGCAAGGCCACGUGAACUCCAUGCUCAACCUGGCGGAGAUCCUCUGCCUCUCCGGCCUCCACGUCACCAUCCUCCUCUCCGAUUACACCCACCGCCGCCUCCUCCGCCACGCCAGCCUCGACUCCCGAUUCUCCCGCUACGCCACUGCCUUCCGCGUCGCCACCAUCUCCGACGGUCUCCCCGACGACCAUCCCCGCUCCGGCCACCGCAUCCUGGACAUCGUUCUCAGCCUCAAGGAGGUGGGCGGGCCGCAGUUCCGCCGCCUCAUGGAGUCGAGCGACGGCGGCGGCAGGCAGCGCGUGAGCUGCCUGAUCAUGGACGGAGUGUUCAGUUUCGCGAUACCGGUGGUGGAAGAAAUGGGGAUUCCGUUUGUGUAUUUCCGGACGAUCAGCGCCUGCUCUUUUUGGCCGUAUUUCUGUAUUCAAGAGAUCAUCGACGCCGGCGAAGUUCCUUUGAAAGAUAAAAACGAAGACAAAUUGACAUUUUGGAAAAAGAAAGAGAUGGACUUGAUGGUCACAAGCGUGCCGGGAAUGGAGAAGCUCCUCCGGCGACGUGACAUCCCGGCCUUCUGCAGAGUCGAAGACGUCAACGAUCCCGGCUUCCAAUCCAUCAAAACAGAGACCAAAAAAACAGCUCAAGCCACCGCUCUCAUACUCAACACAUUCGAAGAUUUAGAAGGUCCAGUCCUCGAUCAAAUCCGCAAACACAUUCCCAAUCUCUACUCCAUCGGCCCCUUACACUCCCAUUUGAAAUCAUUGUUAAAGGAAAAAGGAAUCGAAUCAUCGCAUCAUUCUAGCAGCUUCUGGAAGGAAGACAACACCUGCAUUGCUUGGUUAGAUUCUCAGCCUCCCAAUUCAGUGAUAUAUGUUAGCUUUGGGAGUAUCACAAUGUUGACAAAAGAUGAAUUGUUGGAGUUUUGGUAUGGUUUGGUUAAUAGUGGAUAUACAUUCUUGUGGGUGGUUAGACCGGAUUCGGUUAUUGGGGACAGGGACGAGAUCCCGGUCGAGAUUGAAGAAGGUACGCGGUUGAGAGGGUUGAUGGUGGAAUGGGUGCCACAAGAGUUAGUUCUAGGGCAUGAGUCGGUUGGGGCGUUUCUCACGCACAGUGGAUGGAAUUCGACUCUGGAAGGUAUAGUGAUUGGGGUCCCGAUGCUAUGUUGGCCUUAUUUUGCGGACCAGACGACGAAUAGUAGGUUUGUGAGUGAGGUGUGGGAGAUUGGAUUGGACAUGAAGGAUACUUGUGAUAGGGUGUUGAUUGAGAGGAUGGUUAGGGAGGUGAUGGGAGUUAGGAGAGAAGAGUUGUUGAAGAAGGCUUGUGGUAUGGCGAAUUUGGCGAAGAAGGCUAUUUGUGAAGGGGGAUCUUCGUAUAUGAAUUUGAAUCGAUUGAUUGAGUUCUUCAAGUCUACGGUUUUAUGAAGGUUUUGAUCAAUUUAGUUCAACAUCUAUGUGUUGGAUGAUCAUCGAAAAGAAUUGUAGUGGAUGUUGUUAUUCAUAAGUUGCAAUUUGGAUGGAUCAAAUAAGACUACUUUGUUAACAAUGCUA